UCGUUUGUUUACUUCACUUUGCUGACUUCGUCAUUCAUGAAAAAUGCGAAUUUUGGUUUUUGGAGUUAAAAAUUUGAAAACUUCAAAUUUUUGUCCUUGUGUUCCGUACAGUUGAUGAAAGUAAAACAUGCAAAUGUCCUCAUAGUGGCAGCUGCAAUCUGUUUUUCAGUGUACCACUCUACAUUUUGCUUUUACUUUUAGCUUUCAUCUUCGGAUUUGAGAUUUCAUCUGUCCAAAAAUGAGCCUUGCUCGAUUAUUGAGCAGAUCUGUAUCGAACUGCACGCGAGGGUUUGAAUGUGGAGUAUCUUCUUAUCUCGUUACCCAUUCAUCUCGUCAAUGGCAUUCUAGUGCAUUUCUCCAAAAUGAUUGUGUUACGAAGGGAUCAUUCCGUGGUGCGUUCAUCCCUUCCAUUUUCGCCGUUCGCCACAAAUCGGAUAAGGCUGCGGACCGGCAACCGCCCGCCUCGACGGCCAGUGAAGUGAACCGUGUUUUUGAAGAAGAAGCGGACAAACUCCCUCCACCCCCUGCAAAACCCUUCGAGCCCGGCGUGAAAGCGGAUCCCCAGCGGAUGGCCCGGAUGAUGCAUCCGCGCUGGGAAGAGGCGUCCGCCGACACCGGCGGCUACAUUAAACUGGAUGAUAUUGGGUUUGACGAGCGGGACGUGGACGCCAAGAGCCGCGAGUUACUGUCCAAGGAUGAGCGGCUGAAGAAGUGGGAUCCCAAGGAUACGGGCCGACAGGAUGAACUCCCGUACGGGUUGCUCAAGAAAAAACAGGAGAAGGAAAAACAGUCAGAAAAAGAUAGCGGAAAAGACGAGAAAACGGAGAAAUCGGAAGCGCCCGAAAAGAAAAAGGAUGGAAAAAUUCAGGAGCGGGAAGAGGAAGGGAAAAGUGGGAAGAAAAAUAAACAGGAAGAGGAAUCCGUGUCGAAAAAAUCCGGGAAAAAUGCGCGGCAUCAGGAGAAUGAUGGAGAAGACGAUGAGAAAAAUGGGGAGCGUGAUGAAGUGCAAAAUCAGUCAACUGUGAAAAAGGAAGGAAAAAGUGGGAAGAAAAAGGAAGAGGAGGAGAAGUCGUCGUCCAAAAAAUCGGGGAAAAAUAUGCGGCAGCAGGAGAACGAUGGGGAAGACGAUGAAGAAAAUCAAGUGAAUGAUAAAGUGAAAAAUCAGUCAAUGGCGAAAAAGGAGGCGGAAAAAGGGAAGAAAAAUAAACAUGAUGAACCAUCGACGUCCAAAAAAUCCCGGAAAAAUGAACGGCAGGAGGAAGAUGAUGAGGACAAUAUUGAAGAAAAGAAGGAUGAAGCGGAUGCGAAGCGGUCGCCGGCGCAGAGCACCCAGCAGACGGUGUUGUGGGAGAGCUCGAGGCGCAGCACAUCGGGCGCUCAGUCUAGUUCCGACGGCGGCGGCAUGGGCCAGCUGACGGAGCAGCUGCUGGACCGGGAUGAGGCGGAUGCGCGGACGGAGCGGCAGCUGGCGGAGGAGCAGGAGGAGGGGCGGGAGAAGUGGAAGGAGAAAGAGAACGAGCAGGGCGCCGGCCGGCAGCGCAAGGAGUGAUUGCUUUGUGCUUUAUCGGGAAUUUUACUGAUUACUGUACAUAUUUUUUUAAUGAUACGAUAUCAAUUUAUUCUUACAGUUCUGUGUUUAGUGACUGAUUUGUAAGAAAGCGGAAUUUGCUGUGCAUAAGACACAUUCCAGAUGCCGACUGGAGUGGCUGGCGGUGUAUAGAAUAUUUUGACUAGCAAUUUGAUUAAAGAAUAGAUUUUUCUCGUACAGGAGCGUAUCAUGCGCUGUGUAUGCGAUAAAAAAGUCAUACCCUUAUGUA